UCCGCAGGAGGCUGCCGGACCGGAGCCAGCUCCUCGGCCUCUGCCACCGCCUCCCCGCCGCACCCUCUCUCGGCUCCUGCUUUCAACCUCGCCGUUCCUGGUGUGCCUGUGUCCCACUGUGUGGGCACCGCGGGCAGACUUUUGGGCCGGGGCCGGGCGCGGCGGGGGCGCUCUAAGGCCUCCGCCUCUGCCUCUCCCGCCCCCUUACCCGCCCCCUUACCCGCCCCGGAGCGGGAAGCAGCGGAGGCUCCGCCAUGGCCUCGGGAGCCGGAGGAAUCGGAGGGGGCGGUGGCGGCAAGAUCCGGACGCGGCGUUGCCACCAGGGGCCAAUUAAGCCUUACCAGCAGGGGCGACAACAGCACCAGGGCAUUCUUAGCAGGGUUACGGAAUCUGUUAAGAAUAUUGUGCCAGGGUGGCUACAGAGGUACUUCAACAAGAAUGAAGAUGUAUGCAGCUGCUCAAGAGACACAGGCGAGGUUCCACACUGGCCAGAGAAUAGAGAAGAUGACCAUUUGACGUAUGCUGAUGAGGAGAGCUCUAAUAUUAAUGAUGGGAGAAUCACUCCUGAGCCAGCAGUCAGUAAUACAGAAGAACCAUCAACAACUAGUACUGCUUCAAAUUAUCCAGAUGUAUUAACAAGGCCUUCUCUUCAUCGGAGCCAUCUGAAUUUCUCCAUGUUGGAAUCCCCUGUAUUACACUGUCAGCCAUCCACAUCCUCCGCGUUCCCAAUCGGCAGUUCUGGAUUUUCCCUUGUAAAAGAAAUUAAAGAUUCUACCUCUCAGCAUGAUGAUGACAACAUCUCAACUACCAGUGGUUUUUCUUCAAGAGCUUCUGAUAAAGAUAUAGCUGUUUCAAAGAACACUUCAUUGCCACCUCUGUGGUCCCCAGAAGCUGAACGUUCUCAUUCACUGUCACAGCACACUGCCACCAGCUCAAAAAAACCAGCAUUCAACUUGUCUGCCUUUGGAACACUUUCUACUUCACUUGGGAAUUCUUCAAUUCUUAAAACCAGUCAGCUUGGAGAUUCUCCUUUUUAUCCUGGAAAAACAACAUAUGGUGGGGCGGCAGCUGCUGUAAGACAGUCUAAACUACGAAAUACACCUUAUCAGGCACCAGUCAGAAGACAGAUGAAAGCUAAGCAACUCAAUGCACAAUCUUAUGGUGUGACCAGUUCAACAGCUCGGAGAAUAUUGCAGUCUUUAGAGAAGAUGUCAAGCCCUCUAGCGGAUGCAAAAAGAAUUCCAUCUGUUUCUUCUCCUCUGAAUUCUCCUCUUGAUAGGAGUGGGAUAGAUACCAUAGACUUUCAUGCCAAAAGAAAAAAGACGGGAUAUGAAAAAAAUAUGACCCCUGGACAAAAUAGAGAACAACAAGAAAGUGGCUUUUCAUACCCAAAUUUCAGUUUGCCUGCAGCCAAUGGCUUAUCUUCUGGAGUAGGUGGUGGAGGUGGCAAGAUGAGACGAGAAAGAACACGCUUUGUUGCUUCUAAACCUCCAGAGGAGGAGGAAAUGGAAAUACCAGUAUUACCGAAAAUAUCUCUACCGAUCACCAGUUCUUCACUGCCUAUCUUCAAUUUUAGUUCUCCUGUGAUUACAACUUCCUCUCCAUCACCCAUCAGUCUGUCUCAAUCAUUAACAAACAAGGUACAGAUGACCUCUCCAAGUAGCACUGGCAGUCCCAUGUUUAGAUUUUCAUCUCCAAUUGUAAAAUCUACCGAGGCAGAUGUACUACCUCCAUCAUCUAUUGGAUUUACUUUUAGUGUGCCUGUUGCUAAAACAGCAGAACUUUCUGGCUCUAGUAGUACUUCAGAACCAAUUAUAAGUAGUUCAGCUCAAGAUAUCACUGCAGUGAAUAGUACAAGCUGUAAGAGGACAUCAGAUGAAAAUUAUGAGGACCCUUUUAGACCUGCAAAAACCCUGAAAGAAGGAAGUGUUCUAGAUGUUCUGAAAAGCCCUGGUUUCACAUCACUGAAGGUAGAUUCUCUUUCUGCUCAGCCUACCACGACAAGCCCAGUAGUUUAUACAAGACCAGCAAUAAGUAGCUUUUCUUCUAGUGGAAUCGGGUUUGGAGAAAGUUUAAAAGCUGGAUCAUCAUGGCAAUGCGAUACAUGUCUACUCCAGAACAAAGUUACAGACAGCAAGUGCAUAGCCUGUCAGGCAGCAAAAUUGCCAUCAAGAGAUAGUGCUAAACAGACUGGAAAUGGGACACCAAGUAAAAGUGGCAAAGCAACUCUUUCUACAUCAGGGACAAGCUUUGGAGACAAAUUUAAACCAGCAGUAGGAAUUUGGGAUUGUGAUACCUGUUUAGUACAAAAUAAACCUGAAGCGAUAAAAUGUGUAGCCUGUGAAACACCGAAACCUGGAACUGGUGUGAAGCGAGUCCUUGCAUUGACAGUGGUUUCAGAAAGUGCUGAGACUGUGACUGCUUCAUCUUCCAGCUGCACUGUGACCACCAAUACCUUAGGAUUUGGAGAUAAAUUCAAAAGGCCCGUGGGCUCUUGGGAGUGUCCAGUAUGCUGUGUUUCUAAUAAUGCAGAAGACAAUAAAUGUGUGUCCUGUAUGUCUGAGAAACCAGGAACUUCAGUACCGACUUCAAGUAGCAGCACUGUACCUGUCUCUCUGUCUUCUGGAGGCUGUCUAGGAUGGGACAAGUUCAAGAAACCUGAGGGAAGCUGGGACUGUGGAGUGUGCCUAGUGCAGAAUAAAGCAGACUCUACCAAAUGUGCAGCAUGUGAGAGUGCAAAGCCAGGCACAAAAUCAGAGUUUAAAGGCUUUGGCACAUCUUCCUCAUUUUCGAACCCACCAGCUUCAUCCUUCAAAUUUGGUAUCCCAUCAUCCUCUUCCGGGCCUUCUCAGACUUUAACAAACACUGGAAACUUUAAAUUUGGACAUCAGGGAGGAUUCAAAAUAUGUGUGUCAUCAGAUUCUGGGUCUGUAAACACCGUAAGUGAAGGGUUUAAAUUUUCUAAACCAAUAGGAGAUUUUAAAUUUGGAGUUUCAUCUGAUUCUAAACCUGAAGAAGUUAAAAAAGACAGUAAGAAUGAUAAUAAUUUUAAGUUUGGACUUUCUUCUGGUUUAAGCAACCCAAUUUCUUUAACUCCAUUUCAAUUUGGGAUGUCUAAUCUUGGACAGCAAGAAAAGAAAGAGGAACUGCCUAAAUCUUCAUCUGCAGGCUUUAGCUUUGGUACAGGUGUUAUUAACGCCACCCCUGCUGCUGCUAACACCACAGUGACCUCUGAGAACAAGAGCGGCUUCAGCUUUGCAACCAUAGAAACCAAGAGUGUUUCAGUGCCUCCUUUCACAUGUAAGACAUCAGAAGCAAAAAAAGAAGAAAUGCCUGCCACCAAAGGAGGGUUCACUUUUGGCAAUGUGGAACCUGCCUCUGUGCCAUCUGCCUCAAUGUUUGUUUUAGGAAGGACAGAAGAGAAACAGCAAGAGCCUGUCACUUCUACUUCUCUAGUUUUUGGGAAGAAAGCUGACAAUGAAGAGCCAAAGUGUCAACCAGUGUUUUCCUUUGGGAAUUCAGAGCAAACCAAAGAUGAGAGUUCUUCAAAGUCAACGUUUAGUUUUAAUAUGGCAAAACCAUGUGAGAAGGAAUCUGAACAGCCAGCAAAGGCUACUUUUGCUUUUGGGUCUCAAACCAAUACUACAGCUGAUCAAGGUGCAGCAAAGCCAGUUUUUAAUUUCUUGAACAAUAAUUCCUCCAAUUCAAGUACACCAGCCACUUCUGCUAGCGGUGGCAUUUUUGGUAGUUCCACCUCUUCCUCCAAUCCACCUGCGGCUGCCUUUGUGUUUGGACAGGCCAGCAAUCCCGUGAGCAGUUCUGCCUUUGGUAACUCUGCCGAAUCGAGUACAUCUCAGUCUUUGCUAUUUUCUCAAGACAGCAAACCAGCAACCACAUCCAGCACAGGUACAGCUGUCACCCCAUUUGUCUUUGGUCCAGGAGCCAGCAGUAGUAACACUGCAGCCGCUGGUUUCAGCUUUGGAGCUACAACCACAUCUAGCUCUGCAGGAUCCUCCUUUGUAUUUGGAACUGGACCUUCAGCACCAUCUGCCAGUCCAGCAUUUGGUGCUAACCAGACCCCAACAUUUGGACAAAGUCAAGGUGCCAGCCAGUCUAAUCCCCCAGGCUUUGGAUCUAUAUCAUCUUCAACAGCAUUAUUUUCUGCUGGUUCUCAGCCUGCACCACCUACUUUUGGGACAAUGUCAAGCAGUGGCCAGCCCCCUGUGUUUGGCCAACAACCUAAUCAGUCUGCAUUUGGCUCUGGGACAGCUCCUAAUUCCAGUUCGGUUUUCCAAUUUGGCAGCAGCACUACAAAUUUCAACUUCACAAACAAUAAUCCAUCAGGAGUGUUCACAUUUGGUGCAAAUCCUAGCACAUCUGCAGCCUCAGCCCAGCCUUCAGGCUCAGGGGGCUUUCCUUUUAACCAGUCUCCAGCAGCAUUUACAUUGGGGUCAAAUGGGAAAAAUAUGUUCUCUUCUUCUGGAACUUCAGUUUCUGGUCGCAAGAUUAAGACUGCUGUUAGACGCAGGAAAUAAAGGUCACAUUGGUGUGUUAUACACAAGAAUUUUAACAACAGCUGGUGCCCUGCUUUCAGAUACUGGAUUGUGCUUUGUGAUGGGGUUUUCUGAAGUCAGAUCUGCCUAAGGACUUCUUUAGUUUUUGGAAUUUUCCUCCUUUCUCUUUCUUUAUGGAAGCCCCGUCCCCACCUCACCCACCCUCUUUUUAAAAAAUAAUAGCUAGACUGGUGACUGAUUGUUCAGCAAAAAUAUUUUAUCAUCCAGCAGAUUAUUCACUGAUUUGACAUAGUCUGGCUGUACCCAGGAAUGGAGCCUGCACGGCAAAUGGCUUUGUAUAGAACUUCUUUGUCUGCACCACUAUAUGCGUUGAUAAGCAUUUGUGGAAUGCAUUGAAAUUGUAAUUAUAUCUGAGGAAUUCUGUAUAGAUUAGAAUUCUGUAUAGAUUAGAGGAUGUUGACUGAUUUCUAUGCCGAGUUUGUGCUGGUGUAUGUGUGAAAUGAGUGAGUUGGGUGUAUUGUGCACUAAAAUUUUCUGAUAGAGGAAGCCUGAUUAAAGAAUGGUCCCUGCUAAGGACUUGUUAGAUCUAGUUCGGUUUCCAUUUAAUAAUUAUAUGCUAUUUCUAUAUUUUCAUUCUUCUAUCACCUGUCUUGCCUUUUUCAUUAUUUUAUUAUGAAACUUGUGUAAAUACAAUUUUGUUUCUGUACUUUUUUGGCAUAACAUAAAUCUGUGAACUUGAAAUUUGAA